AUGGCAGUAGAGCAAGAUAACAAUGGAAUAAUUCAGUUGCUUUUGUCACGAAAAGAAAUUAAUGUCGAUGCAUGUGAUGAGGUCAGUUUAUAAAGUGAAAAUAAUUGAAGUUAACAUUUGCAUUUACUCACAUGUAUGUGUGGGAUCAAUGGACAAUGUAGAUGAUAUGCAUUUAUCAUUUUUCAUUAUGACCCCUUUUUCAUCAAGUGCUAUAAAUUACUUCAUUGCCUUUAAUUUUUUCCUAUCUUCACUUUCAUGCCUGCCCUGUAAGGUUGUAAAAAAUCUCUUUUAAAUCACCCCUAGCUGGAAAGGCACAUGAAUAAUAUAAGGGAUGUGUGGAAUAAUUUAAGCCGUGGGUGACUCGUGAUGUGAAAUUGCGUCAAAUUCUCUCUUCAUUUCCCAAGCAUAAUUAUUUAAAAAAACUAUCAGAAAAAAAUCUACAGCCCCAGUUAUAGCAAUUUCUGAAAUGCUUGUUGAUUGUUGUCCUUCUUCCUCUUCAAUGUUGGUGUUCAGUGGCAGAUCCAGGGGAGGGCCCCACCCCUUAUUUUUAGACCAAACUGAGGCCUGAAGGGCCGAAAAAAAAUUUGGGGGGACCACCCCCCCUUAUCUCAAGGUCUGGAUCUGGCACUGGGUGUUGACAAGGUAAUGAGGUCCAAGCAAACCUGUCAAACCAACUUUGAAGGGAAGAGUGGGGAGAUAUAUGUGUGUUGCAGUUAAUUUUUUACUUCAGUAAGUUUUUGUUUUUCCUUUGUUUUAAAUUCAUUAGCAUACAUAAUUCUCCAUACCCAAACACAAAUUUGGAAAAAAAUAAAAUAAAAGGAAAUAAUUAACUGAAAUAAAUAAUUAACUACAACAUGUGCCUAUACAGUACUACACAGUUGAGUCUCUUGUGUUCUCUAGAAGUGUUCCAAGGAAUUAUAGCAUUCUAUCACAAGUCACUCAUGUUUUUUUUUACCAAGCAUCCCAUUUCCUAUAAAUUGAGGCUGAUAAUUUAACUGGGAGUUUUUUGUCAUAUUUUUCUCCCUCUGUGAGGAUCACAGGUGAUUCUCUAUAUGGGCUAUUUGCACCAGAAUCAAAGUUGCGUAGAUAAUAGAUGAAAUGAUAAACUUUAUAAAUUAAAAAUUAAUAUAAAGAAUUGAUUAUAAGUUCAUGAAUAAUAAGGAGUAUGAGACAAAGGAAAUAGAGAAUCAACCAUAAAGGUUAAAAAAUCUUAACCUGAAAUUAAUUUUGAACUGUAACAUAUAUACAAGUGGCUCCUGCUCCUAAAAGAAUAAGGAGACCCCCUGAUUUUAUUUAAAAAGUGAAUUUUUAUUAACAACAUCCUGCUGUAAAUUAUAACAACCAGUUGGUAAAGUUUGAAGAAAUCUCACUGCAGGUUCUUUUGCAGAGGAUAAAACUCUGAGCAAUAAAAAUAAGACUGUAAAAUGUAAAAACAUUAAUUAUUUUUUUUAUUUCCAUGGGAAAUUGAGUGUUUCGGGAAAACUUUUAUCGUAUUUUUGUCUUGUCUUUCUUGUAGUAUGGGCAUACUCCACUAAAGCUGGCAGCUGAGAAAGGAAAUCAACAGACAGUUAAAUGGCUUAUUGAGAAAGGAGCUGACAUAACCAAAGCUGACUCAGUAGGUUUAAUGUUUUUUAGCUCUUCAAAAAGUGUUUUUUUUUAAGCUAAUACUUUAUAUUAAGUGUCAUGAUUUGUUUUUAGGUCUAUUACUAUCCAGGAAUGAUAAUAUUUUUUAUAAAAAAAGUGAUAGUCACCAUUUCCAUCUUCAUUCAGCUUUUGCCAUUGGGACAGCGAUGCUCUGUACAGUGACACCUGAUCCAGAAGUAAAUUGUUUGUAAGAGUGUCCGUGUUGAAUCCAGAAUCCAUUAAGACCAUAAUUAUCUGGCCAUGGAUUGCGAUUUCCCCUGAAUAUACAGGGCUGUUAAAUUGUGCUUUUAAAUAAGUUUUUGUCUCUUUUUGUUCAGGUUGACAACACAGCCAUUCAUGUGGCAGCUGACAAGGGGCACUAUGGUGUGUUACAGUUGCUAUUGUUGUCAGAAACUUUUGCUAAGAAUCAAGGGAUCAUUGGCAAGCAAAAUAAGGUACAGGUUUUUAAAUUCUGCUUGGGGCAAUGGGGGUGGUGGGAUGGGGGAGUGGUGUGGAUUGAAGGAGGUAUCAAUUAAAUCCACACCCUUUCUCCCAAAGCACUAAAGUUUACUUACCCUGUUAUGUUAAUUCCUCCUUCGACCUCGCUCAAUCAGAAACUUUAAGGUAAUUCCCUUCAAAUGGAUAAUAAUGUACUGUCCAAAAUUUUUUCAAAUGUGGCACAAUUAUUGAAGGUCAUGUAUAGGACAUUGAAGAAGCGAUGAUGAUGGGGUCACUGGCUGUGUUUUUUCCCAGCUUGCCUGUUAUACUUAGAGUUUUUAACUGCAUGUUUAAAACUUGAAAACUGUCAAAUGCUUGUAAUUCUUUUUGUAUUAUUUAGCAAGAACUACAAAAAUUGAUAGUCAUGUAUAAGACAUGCAAUAAAGGAAAUGCAAUGAAAAUAUGGGCUCACCACUCCGUUUUUUGUCUGAGUGUUUUUUCUGACUUGCGUGCAAAACAUUCAGAUCUUGAAAACUGUCUGUAACAGGACAGUGAAACGGCAAUACAGUUAUUUACGCUUCAAAUCAGUUUAUUUUAUGCCAAGGGACUGGGUUAAAACCCUUGGCCCAAAACUUAUUUCAUCUAACCAGCCAAAAAAUGAAACAGAAUUUACCAGCCUGGGCUACUGGACAUUACUUUUGCAUUCUGCUACAUCCAAACUAUACCCCUGCCCCCCCCCCCUCCAAAAAAAAAGAUUUCAUCUCUAUUCUCAGGCACAGUGUAGUAUUUUUUUUCAAAGAGAAGUGAAAAGAAUUAUGGGCUGUAUAGAGAGAAGUUGUCCCUGGUAGUCCCAACUAGCUACCUGGACUACCCUGGGCGAGCCAACUUUACUUGCAUGAGAAACAAAAAGCAAGGUCGGUUAGUAGCAUGGCCCGGCUAGCCAGGACUCACCCUUUUGUGAUGGUAGGGGCUCCCCAAGGGGGGAGGGGGGUAUUCCCUUUUAGUAAAAUCCAACUAGUGGUCUAUUAUCAAUGUUGCAUUCUGAUUGGUUGAACUACUACUAAGCUAUAUGUUAUAGCCCACUAGUAGCGAUAAGCACAGGCUUUGAAAACCAAAACAACAGCGGCUGAAUCACGUUUUGCUAGUUAAAGUUGUUUUGUCCUGAUAUUUUUGACCAACUAGUUGGAUUUUACUAAAUCAAUUAUUCCUCUCUCCCUCAUGGCCACUGAGGCAAUAGCCCAUUCGGCCUUAGGCCUCAUCCAAGUAAUGAUGACAAUAUUUCUUAGAGUCCAGGUCUGAAAACGGGUGUUAAAAAUGACAUUUUUUGGUCUUAAGUAGGGUCAGGAUUUGGACAACCGGGCGGCACAGUAACAACAAGAAUUCCCAGGAGUACCUCCCCCCCCUCCAGGGGCACCCUCCUAGCUGGGCCAACUCUCCUCCAUAUAAACAAAGCCAAGUGUGUCCUUCUUUGUUUUAGCAAUUUAAUAUGUGCUUGACCAUUAUCUAAACACGCUUAGCAUGCAGCGGAAGCAUGUUGUGAGAAUGCUUUGGAACAUCUUUAGCUUCAAAAUCCUGUGGUGGGUGGAUCACAUAUAAACAAUUUAGCUUGCCUAGUUGGGUCAACUUUGGUCAAGGCAAGACAAUCAGAGCAUACGCAAGUGCUGUUUUGACAAUCAAAGCGUGCACUAAGUGAUGUUGGCUUGGGCAAAGGAGUCAACUUUUCCUCAUAUAAUCGCUUGCUAGGGUUCAGUGACUCGGCUGAGACAGGUUUUUUCUGUAAAACAGGGCCUAAGCAAGCCUGAGAAAACAGUCGACAUUUGGCGACGUUAACCACUGGUUUUCCCGCCAAAUGACGUCAGCGAAAGACGCGUCACUACCCAGAUCUGGGUAGUGCUUCUGAUUGGUCGUGCCGCGUGGGAAAUUUGAUUGCACCAAUCAGAAGCACUACCCAUUUCUAGGUAGUGCUAUUUAUUGUCGCUGUUGCCAUAAUUUGCACCAAACGUACAUGGUAUCAAGUGUAAAACUGACUGCAAACAUUGAUCUUUAAAGACGUUAUUUACAUGUAUUUAUGUUGUAGAAUUAUGUGUAAAUAAUCCUAAGAAUAUAUCUUUCCUUUAUUGUAGGAUAAAAAUACUCCUCUUCACUUAGCUGUCGCGCGGGAGUGCAAAAAUUCUGUUGCUCUGUUGUUGUGUUAUGGUGCUGUUUCUUCACUGGAGCUAGAAAACAGGGUAAGAAUCCAGCCUCAAUGUAUUGUGCACCGGCAAUGGCGACAGCAACGAGAACCACAAAAAAAGCAAUAGGUUUAGAUCAGCAAAAGAAAGUUUUUCACGUUCAUCACCCUAUUGUGUACAUUUUUUUACAAACUGCUUUAUUUCACAUUUUGUUGUAGACGUGAACACAAACCAACUAUUUCCUAAUUCUUUUUUUAAACUUACAAUACAAUCAUUUAGAAUUCAGCCCCAGAAAAGAUCACCAGCAUUUGACAAAUUGAACGACACCGUUUAAGUGCGAUGAAAGCUCUCUAUUCUCUAUGUCACACUCUUAUAGAUCAUAGGUGUUUCACUCAGAAGUUUGGGAUCAUAACUGGGCCUGAGAUGUAGCUGAGCUGGGGAUGAGUGCCUCCUACUGGUUGAGGCCACGGUGGGGUACUCAAUACGUAUAAAUUGGAAAUUGUAGGCUAAGAAAAAUAGUAACAAAUACCGAGAUCUAAAACCUAUGAAUAAAAAUUAUAUCGUUUUUUACAUUACUCAAUUGGUUAGUGCUAUUUACAUGGAGAAAAUCGACGCAGUUGUGAUAUAAAAUUAAAUUCUUGCAAAUUAGCCAGGAUCAGCGCCCCUUUAAGGCCAAUCCAGAGCCUCUGUUAGCACUGCAGUGCUCUACCAACUGAGCUAUGAAGACCCAUACAUUGGGAGUAGGUCAAUUGUUGAGUUCCUACGAAAGUUAGCGUUAUGUUGCACUUAGCCUGAGAAAAAUAAUUGGAACAUCAUCUGCUACUAUCGCAAGAAAUAUUAGCCCUUGUCCCCCGGCUUGGCUCUUGACCACUAUAACGUGCACAGAAAAUCCCCGGAAAAUGUAGUCUGCUACACAGCCGUUUUUAGUGUCGUCACCUAACGCUCCGGCUGUGUAGUAGACUACGGAAAAUGGAAAAGUGAAAUGAUUAAAGAUGCUGUAAAGCUCAUAGAAUUCCAAAGAAGUAAAACAGACAAUUUUUCAAUGUUUCAAUGUCUCUCUUUUUUUGCUGAGAUAGAAUCGAAAUGGUCUUCAUUGUGUAGAUUACCAAGUUAAACCGAGUUUUUUCUUAUAGUCCUCGAAUAAACGCCGCAUUUUUCUGAUUAUCUAAUCUAGGAUGGAGUUUAUUUGAAUAAAUACGGUACAUUAUAUAAUUUCGUUGAAAAUUUUUUCGAGUAAAAGGUGUACAAGUGUUGAUUUCAAUUUGACCCGGUCUCAAGUUGUAGGAUAAUGCAGUACUGUGUAUCAGUUUGCACUGGUAACCCAUGUGGUACCAGUUGGGUGAGCUAUUAACAAAAUCAGUUCCUAAUUACUGACUUUGCAGCAUAAUGAAACACCCAAGCAGCUAGCAAAAGGCAACAAAGGCAUCCUGGAUCUUCUGGAGAAUCCUUUUAAAGCCAGACAGGUUAGCAUCAUGAAACAUCAUUUCUCUUACGGGUAUUAUCUCCACCCAUGGUCCUAGUUAUAAAAGAAAACUUACUUGGUUUGUUUUGGUUUGCAUGUACAGCAUUUAAUGGAACCGACCAGACCAGUUGUCAAAGAGAUUGGAAGAGGUGGUUCAGUGGAAGCUGAUAGUGGUACAUUUUAGACUCAUUACACUUACUGUGAAACUCACACAACCGUGAACACCAGAAAUAUUUAUGGAAUGUUAUUGUGGUGCGAGAAAUAAGCCAAUAAGGCGUGAGAUAACUAAACCGCAAACAGCAACGGUAAUUAGUUUGUGGUUUUGAGGUUUGCUUGUAUAUCCUGAACUUUAGUGUGAUUGGCCAGUACACAAUCAACAUUCCUGAAAUUUUUCAGUUGUUCACGGUUUUCUGAGUUUGACAGUAAUAUAAUUAUGUGGUACAACCAAGAGAUCAUAAUAGGACAAGGGAGGGAGUAACUAGCCUGCGUAGCAAGCGUUUCCGUUUAGUUUCGGAGCAAAAAACGACCGAGGAACGGGAUUUUCCAUUUUGACCGCGCGAGAAAUGAAACGAGAGCCAAAAAAUGAAAGAGGGGGAGGGGGAGGGGAAGGGGUUUCCUUCCUUUCUUCCCCACACCCUCCCCGCUCUUUUACUUACGCCAUUUUUCGCGCGGUCUUUGACUCUUGUUCUUCGUUCUUUGCUCUUAAACCACACAGAAACGCUUGCUACGCAGGCUAGGGAGUAACCUGAGAUCAGGCCCAAAUUUAGCGGUUCUCAUACAUUCUCUUUACCCACCGAAAUGUUAUUUACAAAGCGAAACGAAAAUUGAGCCUGAUCUCAGGUUAGGGAGGGAGUGUCCCACUGCAGUGAUGCCACUGGGAUAUCUUAAUUUCAAAAAAGUUAUUUUUAGAAACUAUGCAGACCAUGUGGAAACAGUUUCCGGUAAACUAGUUGACUUCCCAUUGAUACAACACAUUGUAUGCAACCUUCUUAGUGUUUUGUAAUUCGUUCCUUCCCACAAAGAUCUAAGAAACAUUCCACGCCACAAGAACAUGUCUAAAAAAAUCCUAGUAUUGGUUAUUUUUUUUAUGUACAGAAUUUCCACUUUGAGCAUAAUCGAGUUAUUCUAAUUGGACUCACUUGUUUCUUAUCUACAUUAUGAUCGUCUACCCCCUCUCCCCCUAUCGAAAUUGCUAGAAAUACAAGACCAUAAAUGCACAGAAGAUCAUCACAGUUAAAUAUAAUUUUUUUUCUGCAUUUAUUUCGUCUUUCCGUAGUUCAAAUAAUUAUAUGAAAGUCAUAAUUAUAUUCAUCAUUCCAGUACAAGACCUAAAAAGCCUGUUUUACGUCGGAGGGACUCUUCGUUUUUGCAAGUAAAUGUAACUUCAAAGGUGCAUUUUUCGGCAAAGUAUGAUACGUUCUUCAGUAUCCUUCCCUUAGGGGAUUUUAUAGCUUAAUAAGUGAAUCCUGAAUUUUCUCUCUCUUGGUAUUUUAGUUCCUUAUUUUAUUCCCAGCACAGUUUAAUGACUAUCGAGCUACAUAUCUCGUAUAGCAUUUUUUGUUAUCUAAGGUCUAGGCCAAGCGUCGAUGUUUCCAUGAGACGAAGUAAACUUAAGUUCGUCUGAAUGAGUUUGGAUCGUCUAAUACCGUCGUUCUAUCAGUCUGCUUUUGAACGCUAGAAGAUCGUCUCCGGGUCGAACGUCGAUCUUCACAUGCGACGAACUAAACUUAUAAAUUAAAAAUUUGUUUGAUAAUGUAUAUUUAGCCUCGUUCGAUAGAAAAUGUAUUAAAAUUGCUUUUUGGUCUGAUUCAGUUGAUUGGCUCGACGCGUCCUAAGUUGCACGUCUGAUGACCCAACAGACGAUUUUAACUUAAUUUAGGUCGAUCCAAAGUAGAGUUUGGUUCGUCUCAUGAAAAGUUCAACGUUUAGCCUAGGCCUAAGCCAUCUUAUACCUUUGCACGCUAGAUCGUUAUCCUGUAACAGAACAAAUUGUGUCACAACCCACCAGUACUUCACUUGCAACAGUGUUAUCACAAGCGACACCUGGCUUUCAACCAACCAGUAAGUUGUGUAUUAAGUAGAUGGUUGAAUAAAUAAAUGAAAAUAAAUAAGUAAAUAUUAAUAGGACUAGGUGGAAUCCGUUUCGGUCUGUAAUCAUACGUAUCCGAAUUGUUUAAUCACGAGUAUGAUUACAGACUGAAUUGGACAACACGAAAUAAGAGCCACGAAUUAAUCAUAACUUUGAAAAAAAAUUGCCAUAUUUUAAAUAAGCUUGUUUAAAAUUAAAACGCAGGAUCUUCAGGUUUUACAGAACUGAAUAAAUUGUCUGGUGUACAUUUUAAAGGUUCUGCUCUUCGUACACUCAUUCUCCCCUGCUGAACAUAAACUGUACCAAGCCGUAUCUUGGUCCGCUAUAUAGAAGCGAUAACAUCGUUCAAAUUUUAAAGUGUAAGAUCCCUAAAAGAGUUCUCCUCACUGGAGCAAUAUGUAAAAGGUUUUCAAACGUUUCACCCCUGUGAAGAUGUGCGGCCUGUCACCUCUUGUAAGUUUUCAAGUGAAAACGAAGAAUUUGAGGAUUAAAAAAAAAAUUGUACUUGUUGUUCAAACAACGUAAUGACCAGGCCCGGGUUGCUCGAAGCAUGGUUAGUGCGUUAAAUACCAUGGAAACCUAUACAUUUUGAUACCUCUUAACCAACGGUUAGCGCUAACCAGGCUUCGAGCAACCGGCCCCAGGACUGUUACGAAUGAUCAGAAGAAACGAUACGACAGUUUGCUAACCAAGUGAAAGUUUCAUGGAAUAAUAGACAAAACAAUGAAAGGCAGUUUAAGAAUAAAACGGCAAGAUGCUGCAGUGCAGUAUCAAAGCUUUAUUUUCACUGAAAUAGUAUAGUUUGGAAGAAGGAGAUUUCUAACACCAGAAAGCUCAGAAAAAAAUGCUUGCUCCGGGUGAGAUCGAACUCACGACCCUCCGAGUUCUAGUUCGGACGCUCAAACCACUGACCUACUGGAGGUCGGCUCUAUGGCGACGAAUGAGCAGGGUCGAAAUUUAACUAUAACUACACCGGUUAAUUAAUAAUAUACAUAAGUAUUACAAAAUGUAUAUAAAUAAUUUAUAAAUUGUCACUGUAGCGUCUUAUUUCAUUCUUUUCUGUCAAGUGGUUGUUUUGGAGUAUGUUUUAUUAUUGUUUACAACAGUUAUAAAAAUAAGUUCGAUUUAUAUAGGGUUGAAACAAAAAUAAACUAGGGGCAAAACAUAUAUCAUUUGGGGUCAGCAGGAAGGUUUGAGUCACUAAGGGUAAAAUUAUGGGAAAUGUAUGAUGCGGUUUUAAUGCGAGUUAACGCGGGAUUCGAGUUUUCGGCUUCAUAACUAUACAAAACAAGCAUUUCCGGACUGUUGUAAUGUGAAAUGGCGGCCUUGAAAGUGAGUGAGUACCCCACAGGUUAACAAAUUGGCCUCAGCCGAUAUAUUUGCAAUGAUUAAGCUGGAUUUCCAGCCUUUGUUCGAAAAAUAAGUCUGAGUUUCUCCCCCUCGAAAAGAGGAGGAACCAGACCGUACCCUAGAGAGCAGCGAAAAUCGAACCUGACUUGAAUCCAAAUCUGUUUGUAGCUGAUACUAUUUUGUUGUUUCAGUAAUGUAUGUAACAACACCACAAGUUACAGUUAAGAAUGAAUACCACACUAAAGUUGGCAAUGGUGGAUAUGCAGCGAUUGGAUCCCACAGUAGGCUUCAUGUGGGACAAUCAGCUAUGACUACUGGGUUAGUGUAUGAUCUUAUCUUAGGUCAUUGUGAUGUUAAUUUGAAUCUGUUUGCUUUGCACGGUUUUCCCUUGAAAUUCAGAAAUGUGGAAGCGGUGUGGGAGGGAAAUUGCGUAUCUUUGACUUAAGAUGUCAGUGGUGGUUUGAAAUGAGUUGAAUCGUAGAGGCAACCAUAUGAGAUACUUCUGACGUAUUUGGAAAGAUUCUGUCGUUGGGUGUCCCAGACGAGACAGAGUCCUUGGUUACGGUACAGUAUACAACUAUCCCCCGAGGGGGAGGUGAUUAUUGGUCGAUGUCAAUAUCUGUCUAGCCAAGGAGAAAAAAGCAUAUAACCCUCUUCUGACCCAGUAAUAUGCAUCGGUCAUGGGGGAAUAGCCCAUUUUACAGUAUGUUACAGGUGCAAACGCGAUUGACCUACACCCAUCCAAACCUCUUAUUUCAUUGGUGCCUGUAGCCUGCACUACCUAUUGUUUUCAGGGAUAGGGGCAUUGUUAUGUUACCAUCCCUGUUGUUUUCCUAGCCAAUCACAAUCGUUGUUUGGAAUAGAUGCGGGUCGGCCCGUGCAAACGAUGCUGGAGUUGACCUUGUUUUGAUACAACCCUUCCUGCUUUAUUAUGUAAAUCAUGUUGUUGUUAUACUAAUUAUUGUUUUUUCAUUUAAAUUUCCAUAAAAAAGAAGGAGGUUUGUAUCACGACAAGGUCAAACUGAGCCUCACGUCCACUCAAAAGCUAGGAUACUAAGCCCACAACUUUAAAAUGGUCUAUAGUCGUUCGACUAUUUAGCAAACCCUUUAAUAAACUAAUGACAUUGCUUCGGGGUGUUAUUGACUGUAAUUUGACGAUUUUGUCGCAAUGUCAAAACGAAACAUAUAAGCAAAAAAUGUUCAGAAGUAAUGUACAGGCCGUUUUUAUGCAACCUAUCGUUAUAUCGCUCCUUUCUUUUCACUGAAUGCAACUUGUGGUACAAACUAUAGUCUGCGAUGCUGGCGUAUUUUUGAGCAGGUGAAAGCUGCCUUGUUAUAUUCGUAUCCCUGUGGCCACCAUGUACAAUGUUCAACAUAGGGAUAUUUUGGUGAGCAGGAAUAGAGGGACGAGGAAAGAAGAAGACGGGCGAGGUGGGAAAGAAUUCUCCCAUCCUUCUUGCCCGCUUUGACUUUCCCCAACUCUUCGACGUUUUUCUCAUUAUGGCGGUUACAAGAGCAGAAAGAUUCGGGCACUAAAAGAAAACUCAUGAGAAUGUAAAUUUUGAUUUGUUCUUGUACAGUGUUNAAUGUUCAGAAGUAAUGUACAGGCCGUUUUUAUGCAACCUAUCGUUAUAUCGCUCCUUUCUUUUCACUGAAUGCAACUUGUGGUACAAACUAUAGUCUGCGAUGCUGGCGUAUUUUUGAGCAGGUGAAAGCUGCCUUGUUAUAUUCGUAUCCCUGUGGCCACCAUGUACAAUGUUCAACAUAGGGAUAUUUUGGUGAGCAGGAAUAGAGGGACGAGGAAAGAAGAAGACGGGCGAGGUGGGAAAGAAUUCUCCCAUCCUUCUUGCCCGCUUUGACUUUCCCCAACUCUUCGACGUUUUUCUCAUUAUGGCGGUUACAAGAGCAGAAAGAUUCGGGCACUAAAAGAAAACUCAUGAGAAUGUAAAUUUUGAUUUGUUCUUGUACAGUGUUCAGCCCCAGCUUCCUUCCACUGGUGAAAGUAGCUACAUUAUCAACAUGUCUGGUGGACAUGCCAGUAUUGGUGACCACAGUGUAACCAAUGUGGGAACAGCAACACCAAGGUGACGUAUACCAAAUAUUAUUUAUUGUUUAAUGACCGUUGUGCUACGUUACUGUUCUUUAAUACUGUAAUCGCUAAAGGACCCUAUACAAUCAAAGCGCUCGUAACGGACCAACUUGGUUUGUUUUGCGGGUCUAUAGCAGGAGCCCAUAAAACAGAUCGAGCAAUGUCCAUGUUCUUGUGUCACGGCGUAUAUUUCAGAACGAUUGUGACGCGAAUUGAGAAUAUGACUCAAACAAGUCAGCUGAAAAUGUUUUUUUUUUUACCUUUAAAUGACGCUUUGUUUUGCAUAUUCAUGCCUUAUAUACUUCAAAUGAAUGCGUUUUUAGAAAGAGUGCAGCUUCCAAUUUCGCGGAAAAACUGCUUUAAAAUUCCAUCUAAAGAUAAGCCGGUCCGUGAAAACGCUGUAUAGUUCUUGCUCACAACCUCCGACUUAAAAAUCGUAAAAAAAGGAGCUUGUCAUAACGGCUUUUAUGUAGUCACAGAGUGUUCAUGUCCUGUAUUGUAAUUAGCAUAGGUUAUAUCUUUCAGAACUCCAAGUACUACAGAAAGUAUCGAAUCUCCAUUUGGGUUUCCGGAGAGUAGGAGUGGUACAAACCCCGUGACUGCUAGCUCAGGAAACCCUACAGAAAGUGAAAAUAUCUCAAAUACCCCUGAAAUACCUACGGCAGUUCCUGAAGUGGGCAGUGUAGGAUCUUCCGAGCAGAUUGCAGUUGCUACUGGUUCUCGCGGAGCAUUGUCCGGCAGUCCUGUUCCAGAGACAAAAAACUCAGGAACCCCCCCUGGAGAUUCAACCGAUGUUAAUGUCCCUGAAAAAUUACCUGUGAGCGUUCCUGAAGCAGGCAGUGUAGGGUCUUCCGAGCAGAUUGCAGUUGCGACUGGUUCUUGCGUAGCAUUGUGCAGUCCUGUUCCAGAGACAAAAAACUCAGGAAGUCCCUCUGGAAACUCAGCCGAUGUUCAGAGCGUCUCUGAAAAAUUACUUGCGAGUGUUCCUGAAGAAGGCAGUGUGCGAUCCAUCUCGGAAAAGGAAAAUGCUGUCAAGGGUCUUGGAACAUUGUCCUACCCUGUGACUGAAAGUAAUCAUCCUAAAACUCCCACGGAAAAUUCAAGUGACGCUGCUGAUAGCCCUGGGAGAUUGCCAUAUCCGAUUCCUGAAGAAAAUAAAAAACCGGAAUUGGGCGAAUUAGAAAGGGCUGUUUGCACUUCUCGUACUGAAACUACAGCAACUACUGCAGGUAGUCAGGAUGCCGCCUUGUCAAGUAUUGAAGGUUCAGUAAACUGUAGUAGUUCAGAGAGAUGCACACCACUGUCUGGAAUUGGGAAAAAGUUAAACCACAGAAAAGCGUCUGAGGAAAGUAGAGCAACUGCUCAUUUACAGAUGCAGCGUACAUGUAGAGAUGAAAAGAUAACUGCUUCAGCUUCGUCAGCAAUGCAGGGACCUUCAAGUAAGCCUUGUUCAUUUAUCUGGGUACUUUACACCGUUGUGCAAGUUAGUACAACACCUUAGAGGGUCAUCUCUUCGAUGUAUUUUUUUGGCAAUACUGUGAUAUUAGACGGGCAUUCUUUGCACAGGGGUUGGAGUGAGUAAGCCUACCUUCAAUGUGGUAGCAGACCGUUCAUAGCCUAGCAUGCGUAGCCGGUGUCGAAAGUGGAGGGGGAUUGGGGAGAGAGGCACCUUCUUUUUUCCCUUUUGUGCUUUUCCCCCCUCUCUCUCCCCUUUUUGCGCCUACCCGACACGCAGGCUAUUCUUUAGGAGGUAACCUCCUACGCAGAUGUUCUUAGGGCUUCUUCCUCCGGUGGAACUCGUGACGAAGUCCUUAGAACGUCUGCGUGCGUGGCUUAUUACCCCAGUAUCAGCUAUAGUGGAACUGCCCACCUACCUCUCCCUUAAGCCAACAUUCUGCCCCAAGUGAGAAGUAAGUUUUAAUGUUGGCUUAGGGUAGAGGUAGGUGGGCAGUUUCCAAUAAACUUAUACUGAUCCGUAAUAGAAAAAUAUAUGAAAAAGAACCUCGAUAUAGCGAAACCUCUGUGUAGCGAACCAAUUUUGCAGGUCCCUUGGGCGUUCGUUAUGUCUAGGUUCCACUGCUGCAAAAUUCCUACGGGCAGGGAGCAAACAAACUAAUUUUGGAAUCGGCUUAUCCUAUUUUCUUUUGCGUUAGAUAACAUCAAACUGCCUUUAGCAGGGAAUACCAUUCCACCGACAAAUAGAGCUGAUGAACUAAGCAAUAGACUACUUGGACAAUGUAGUAUUUCGGGGCCGCCACCAGAUCACGCUUUUGCGGCAGCAUCUAAUGCAGUUGGUGAAUUCAAGAAUUCAACCGCACCUUCAAGGAGAAGUUCGUCGAAAGAAGCGCCACACAGAAAAGAAAAAUAUGUGAGAGGUGACUCCUUUCCCGACAGUGAUGUUUUGGUAAACCAAGAUCAGAGGCAGAUAACAGAAUCAAACCAAACAACGAGAGUUGUCGGACACAGCUAUCAACACAGAGUUGGUGACGGUGUGGGUAGCGAGAACAGAAGUGAAUCAGCACAGAAUGAAAAUAGUUGUGUUGUACCAAUUAAUUCCGAUCCUGGGGAUGACACAAAGGGAAAGGAAAGGUGCGAUAAGGAUUGUAACAUCAUGUGA